UUCGCACUUCUCCCUCGGUCGCAAUCCUGCCCCUACCUUCACCCCCAUCUUCACUAAUUCACCACCGUGCUCCCUCCCCACAUCCGCCACUUUGUCGCCCUCGGCGUUUCCGCCGCGCUCGUGGAGGAAUUUGGGAAUUGAGGAUCCUCUGUUUCGUUGUUUUAGAAGACGACGCGGAGGCCGGGUUUUUCUUUUUGGGGCAAUGGAGGUGGAUGAGUCCUCGCCGUCGUCGCAGCUGUCCUCGCCCUCAUCUCUUUCCUCUGACUCCAUUGACCUCAACUUCCUGCCGUUCCUGAGGAGGGAGCCCAAGUCGGAGCCGGCUUCCCCUGAGCAUGGCCCUCUGCCGCCACCGCUGCCGCUGCCGCUGCAGGCCACGGCUGCUGUUGCGGCGGCGUUCGCGGCACCGACAACGCCUGACCUGUCUUCGCCUGAGGUCCUGCCGCCUCUGCAGUUGCUGCCACCAAACCCCGACGAGGACGCGCUCUUCGCGGAGUACUGCCGAUUGGCGAGCCUCUACCUGUUAUCAGCGGGGGCCGGGGCGAUCAUGCCAGCGCCGACGUCUGAGGCCACGGCGCCGGCGGCAGUGCAGCCUGGGUCGGGGUCCGCGGCGAAGAAGCGCCGGCCGCGGUCGUCAGAGUUGGUACGGGUGUCCUCACUUAGCGUGCGGGAUCAGAUCUAUUUUCGUGAUUUGGUGCGCCGGGCGCGCAUCACCUUCGAGUCGCUCCGCGGCCUGCUGCUGAAGGACGACGAGCGCGCGGAGGCGCUCGGUCUUGCGGGCGUCAUCGGGCUUGGCUCAGUGGACCGGCGUCGCGUGCGCGCCGACCUGCGGGCUGCGGCGCUCAUGGCCGACCGAGACCUGUGGCUUAACCGCGACCGCCGCAUAGUGGGGCCGAUACCUGGGAUUGCUGUCGGCGAUGCCUUCUUCUUCCGCAUGGAGUUAUGUGUGCUAGGCCUCCAUGGCCAGGUGCAGGCCGGGAUUGAUUAUCUCUCAGCAGGGCAAUCUGCCUCAGGCGAGCCUAUAGCCACAUCUAUUAUUGUCUCUGGUGGGUAUGAAGAUGAUGAUGAUCGUGGUGAUGUACUGGUGUACACUGGCCAUGGUGGCCGAGACCCCAACCUGCACAAGCAUUGCAUCGACCAGAAGCUUGAGGGUGGCAAUCUUGCCCUCGAGCGAAGCAUGGCCUAUGGUAUUGAGAUUCGUGUAAUCCGUGCAGUCAAGUCUAAGCGCAGCCCUGUUGGAAAGGUCUACUUCUACGACGGCCUCUACAAGGUUGUUGACUACUGGCUCGAUCGCGGGAAAGCAGGCUUUGGUGUUUACAAGUAUAAAAUGAUUCGCAUUGAAGGGCAGGAGCCCAUGGGAUCUGUAAAUUAUCGUGCAGCUGAACAUCUUAAGGUGGAUGCACUAUCUAUGCGACCAACUGGAUACCUGAGCUUUGAUAUUUCCAUGGGUCGAGAGAUCAUGCCAAUUGCACUAUAUAAUGAUGUCGAUGAUGAUAGGGACCCACUCUUAUUUGAGUACCUGGCACGGCCAAUAUUCCCAUCUUCUGCAGUUCAAGGGAAGUUUGCUGAGGGUGGUGGUGGGUGUGGGUGCAUCGAGAAUUGCUCAAUUGGAUGUUAUUGUGCAGAAAGGAAUGGGGGUGAGUUUGCGUAUGAUAAAGCUGGUGUUCUUCUAAGGGGCAAACCACUGCUGUAUGAGUGUGGUCCAUAUUGCCAAUGCCCACCUAGCUGCCCCAACAGGGUUAGUCAGAAGGGGCUUAAGAGUAGGCUUGAGGUGUUCCGGUCAAGGGAAACUGGGUGGGGUGUUCGGUCUCUGGAUCUCAUUAAGUCUGGCACGUUCAUCUGUGAGUUUAGUGGGAUUGUGCUUACUCAUCAGCAGUCAGAGAUAGUGGCAGCCAGUGGUGAUUGUUUGGUGCAUCCGAACAGGUUCCCUUCAAGGUGGUUAGAUUGGGGUGAUAUCUCUGAUGUAUAUCCUGAGUAUGUCGCUCCGAACCAUCCUGCCACUACAGACUUGAACUUCUCGAUUGAUGUCUCAAGGGCAAGGAAUGUGGCUUGUUAUUUCAGCCAUAGUUGCAGUCCAAAUGUAUUUAUUCAGUUUGUGCUGUUUGACCACUACAACGUGUCUUAUCCCCACCUCAUGAUCUUUGCCCUGGAGAACAUUCCGCCCUUGAGGGAGCUAAGCAUUGACUAUGGAAUGAUUGAUGAAUGGGUUGGAAAGUUAACUAUGUAGUCAGUAUCCACUGGAAGGCAAAUUCUUCUUUCAUUUUCCUUUGUGUAACAUUUUCGUAAUGCUUCUCUUGGGGAUCGUCGAGGUGAUUGCUGCUAGAAGUUACUCUGCUGGAUCAUAAACCUGUUACAUGUGUUAUUUCUAGAAUCACGAGGUACGUAUCUAGCUUUUUAUGGUCAAGCCUGUUUAGUUUUCUUCCUAACAAUGGCCCAUCAAGCUAGCAAUAUUUCAUAAGCAACACAUAUUAUACCAGAGAUUGAUGAGCAUGAUAAACAGUUUAAUUAAAUAGCUGAGCCGCCAUAUGGAAAAUUCAGUAUUUCUGUUGCUGUUCAAGAGAGUGCUUGUUAAGAGAUUCAGUUGCCAUGGUUCCUUGAGCAAGAUUUAACAUUCACAUGGAUUAUUCUAGACACAUUCAAGUUAUUUGUGUUGGGACACCUAAAUUAACCUUUAUACUACCUUUCUAUUUAGGAGAUGGCAACAAUAUAUAUAAAGUAUAUCACUAAUCAUCUCAAGUUAUUUGUGUUGGGACACCUAAAUUAACCUUUACUAGUAGAAUGCCCGUGCAUUGCCACGGGCUUUAAAAAAUUAUUAAGAUGGUAUCGACACAGCUAAAAUAACCGAGAAGAAUGCACAUCUCAGCUAACACACAUCAUACUAUCGAACACAAUAAUAUUGUCUCAAAAAAAUCAAACACAAUAAUAUGUUAUUGACAACUUAAAAAAAUAUGUUAUUAAAACCAACCAGUAGUUGAAUGGUUAGGAGGGUUGUGGUACCCAUCCAUGUGUGAGUGCAUAAGUGUGGUGGUGGUGGUGGUGAUGUACAUACACUGUUAUCCGUAUUUCUUUAUACUUUUAUAAAGACAUAGAACCAUUUUACUAUCUUGCCCUUUUCUUAAUUCAAAUACAAACAAAAUCAUAGAAAUUUGGAGUUCAUGUGACUAUUCUUAUUCCUUGGCCGACCGAUUUUCCGUGGGGAGCACCUUUGAGCCACCACGGGUAUCUAAUAAUCUUUUCUACAAAUGCACACUCCCUGAUAUCGAUCUCAACGUUCCAACCUUCUAGUCAUGGAGACUACCCAAAGAAAGUAAUUUUUUUACCAUGAUCACUUCUUUAUCUGGAAGAAGAUGCCAUCUUUUUACAAAAGUAUGCCAUAAUUUUUAGACACAUACACUGAUAUUACUUUCGUUAUGAAUAAUGCAUUUGUACGUUAAGUCAUCCAAGUUUGGUUGCACACUCGCGGAACAUCCAGCAAUUUCUCAAGAUACACUUACAAGACCAAGCAUGGCAUGACAUGAGAAAACCAACAAUGAUGAGUGCCUGCGCCUUGAGCUUUUUGGGAGUCUUGAUAAUCACUGAAAGUAAGUUGAUUGAUGCAUUGCGGAACCUUGAGCUUUUUUAGAAGCCAGAGACCAGAUCCUAAGUGAGGCCCUGAUAUUGGCAUGUAUUUGUGGUGGUUCUUCAAGUAUGGCUGCAAUGCAAGUUCUAUUUACAUGCAGAAAUGUAGUUAGUCCCCUAAAAUAAUUACUCUAUUCACAUGAAUUUGACAAGUUGGAAAAUACCUUAGGCAGUUCUUACAAUAAUAUUUCCAAUGGAAUUGCCAACAAAACUUUGUUUCCAAUAUACCUCCUUCACCGCCCUAUUCAUAUUCUCAUGUAAUAAAACUCACUACUUUAUAUUAGCAUAACUGAACUACUAAAGUUGGCUGCAUGACAUGCACAAAAUUCACACAAAAAGGAAAUAAUCAGUAUGAAAAAGGAGAAGAGCAAUAUGCCCUAGAAAGAAAAAUAAUAAGCUACGUUAACAUGAAUGGAGAAAAAACAUGUGUUUUUAGUGCUUUUACUUGUGGGACCUAUGUCUUUAUUGGGCUUGGCCAAAAUCUGAGUGCUCUGUCUUGACUUGUCAAAUGUGCAUGACUUGUGUCAGAUUCAAGAAGCCUUGUGGCCUCUACACCCUAAUUGUAAACAACUUGAAAUAUUCUUCUGCUUCAUAAGUUCCAGGAGUUUAAUUCUACUUGUAUUUUAGAAAUAUAAAUUUCUUAUUAACAACAAGGACUUGAACCCUACUAAGAUUUUUUUUUCUUUGUUCAAAACAGCAUCAAUAGUUCCACGUGAAACACAAUUCAAGAACAGGACACAUUUAUAUUAUAUCCCAGACCAUUAAAAUAAAUUGAUGUG